UUCUGGGCGACAGCAAUUUGUUCAAAUGUCACUUCCACUCAGCCAGAGCGACAUUCAGCCAGCAGCCGCAGCCACAGCAGCAGCGACGCCCGCCGCGCCGCAGCAACCCGCGACGUUCUUUGACACAAUGCCAUACUCGUUCGCAGACAUUCCCAUUGGCGGUGACUAUGGAAUUGCAACGCUGCCGUUCCUCAACGCCGUACACGCAACCAUUCCGCUCUUUGAUACGCUUGGAAUGUUGACAUUCUACCCGAUCAAAGCCGACAUGGCGAAUAACAUUGAGCGCCUCCAACUGCGAUUCGAACAAGCUCCAGAACGGUGUCUGACGUUGCAGCGAAUUGUCGACGCAGAGGUGCGCGCCGGCACGCAUCGAAAUGCAGAGUCUUGUGCGAUUGGACUGCUGUGGCUGAAACGAGCCCUCGAGUUUGUGAUAGGAUUUCUCGACAACAUUGGAAAGGGCGAAAAAGUUGUUUCUGUCGCUGCCACCAAAGCAUAUCAGCAAUCUCUUGAGCCAUUCUAUGGCAUGGUGUCUCGAGGCCUAUUCAAUGUCGCCUUGCUCUCACUACCAGCGUAUUCAACUUUCAUGGCACAACUCAGGCGCCGCGAUGAUGUCACCGAUGAGCAAAUUAUUGCCGCCAUCUGCGACUUUUGCGACCAGAUGCGUGACUUUGUGUUGAUUCUGCAAAAGUUUACCAUCGACAAGGGAAUUGACACUCCCCGUCAGACUUGACGAAAAGCCCGUUGGUUGGAAUUUUGCUUUGUUUCGCAUUAGUUAUCGUUGGUGUAAAGGUUUGCUUUGUUUGUUUGUAGAUAGUUUUGUUGUCAACUGUCAAGAUUUUUGGCUUGGGGCUACGUUUUUUUUUCGUCUUUUUCUGUUCAAAUCGCUGGUCGUCGACAAACAUUCACACUAUCACAUUGUCCGGAGCCCAAACAAUCGAAAUUUGACAGAGAAAUCAACCCUGAAAUGAAGCCCUUGUCGCAUACAAAUACAAAAAAAGCAAAAUAAC